AUGUUGCAAGUUCAGAUUUUGGUAGUUUUGUUGUCCCUGAUCUUGAUUUACUUUUUGGUAUCCCGAUUCAGAUUUGAUACUAUUGUCGAUAGCCAUUGUUACGCAAAUGGUUAUCAUACCUUCAAUUCCAAACACACCGGUUGUGACCAUAGCCCAUCUUCUUGCAGAGACACUGAUGUCAGUUUAAAGUGCCCGUUUCAGUUCAAAGGUGAUCAUGCAGAUUUGUGCCCUGAUGCUUUGGAGUUCUCUUGUGACCAUAAUCGCACAGUACUUCCCUUAACAACGGAUGUUGAUGGGGAGGAACAGCGCUUUUAUGCAGAUAUAGACAGCAUUGACUCCAGGAAACAAACACUUCGUAUAUUUGAUCCUGGAGUGCAAAAGGACAACUGUUCUACUCUUCCAAUUUACUCAUUUGAUGAAUACACCUAUGAAAAGCAAGUUGGGGAUAUCCGUUAUGGACGAUUCGUGGAUAUUGAUCCCGACACCAGUGAAUUGGUCUUUCUCAGCUGUAAAAAUCCAGUGGAAUCGAAAUCUCCUCUUUAUAUAGACACUGCUUCUUGUAAUAUCACUGCAAAUCAUUUGUCAAAAAUGAAUGCUCAAUCUGAUUAUUACAGCUAUGUUGUGAUUGGUAAAAAUGUGGUCGCAUCCGCUAUUGAAGAGUCGUGCACAAUCCAUAAAAUAGUUCGUGCAGACCUUCGGUGUCUACCUAAGGUAACAGGAGAUAUUUCGUUUCAAGACAUCCACAAUGCUCUGGCUAAUGGGUUUGAGCUCAGUUUGUCAACAAGGUCGACACUGCGGAGAUCAAUUCUUUGUCUUCUGGUAGCACCAUUCUACAAUCAUGUCAAGUUUGGGAGUGAGUCACUUAUUCUUAAAAUAUACAGAAAUGAUUUUUUCAUUCUGCUCAUUGCAGCAAAAAGUGUCAUUGGCAUUGCCCUCUUGUGUGCUUUUCUCCUUUAUAGGUGUCAUCGGAGGCAUUUAUCCAGGUAUGAUACAAUAGAAGAUUUCCUACAAACAAAAAACGGCCUCAUACCCAUUAGGUAUUCAUACAAACACAUAAGGGCAAUGACCAACAACUUUAAGGAGAAAUUAGGUGAAGGAGGCUAUGGUUUGGUUUACAAAGGAAAACUGCGGAGUGGAGAUGUAGUUGCUGUCAAGAUGCUGAACAAAUCAAAAGCUGAUGGGCAAGAGUUCAUUAAUGAAGUUGCAACUAUUGGACAAAUUCACCAUGUGAACGUGGUUCGGUUGGUAGGAUUUUGUGUUGCUCCCUCGACACAUGCCCUAGUAUAUGAUUACAUGCCAAAUGGCUCUCUGGAUAAGUUAAUUUUCUCAGAUAGUCAAAAUGGUCAUCCAUUCAGUUGGAAGCAAACUUGUGAGAUUGCAAAAGGAGUUGCUCGUGGGAUGGAAUACUUGCAUCAGGGGUGCAAUAUGCAAAUUCUGCAUUUUGAUAUUAAGCCACAUAACAUCUUGCUUGAUGAGAACUUUGUUCCAAAAGUUGCAGACUUUGGACUCGCAAAACUUUACCCAAUGCAAAAGAGUUUUUCAAGUCUUACAGCUGUCAGAGGAACAUUAGGUUACAUGGCUCCGGAAUUGUUCUACAAAAAGAUUGGAAGAGUCUCAGACAAGGCAGAUGUUUACAGCUAUGGAAUGUUGCUAAUGGAGAUAGCAGGAAGGAGGAGAAAUGGUAAUGGACAUGUAGAACAUUCAAGUCAAAUAUACUUCCCGUCCUGGAUAUACGAUAAAUUCGACAGAGGGGAGGAAUUGGAAAUUGGAGAUCAUGCAACUGAAGAAGAAAAGUCAAUUAGUAGAAGAUUGAUUUUGAUUGCAUUAUGGUGCACACAAAUGACACCUGAGGAUUGCCCUUUAAUGAGAGAAGUCUUAGAAAUGCUUGAAGGUGAUCUUAGUGGCCUAAAGUUGCCCCACAGACUGUUGUUUUACUCUCCAGAUUCACCCAUAUCCAUGCAAGGAAGCAGUAAUAUUAGCUCUUCUGAUGAGUCAACAGUAACACUGUGUAGCUCUAUUGCUUUAGAAAUAGAGCAGUUGGAUGACUAA